UCUACUUCUUUCCAUAAUAAUGGUGUUGAAACUCUCCCUCUUCGCUCUCCUCCUUGCAUCUUUUGCACAAAAUGCUAUCUCCAUACGCCAUCUCCACACUCACAAAUCAUCCCCAUCACCGUUUCAUUUCCCUCAACAUCUUCAAGGCCCUCGAAAGGGUGAUACCGUAGAAGGAAUCCACAAUGUGAAGCUUUACCUCCAACAUUUCGGCUACUUGACCAAUGUUCCAACCCAUACCCACAACACAUUCGACGACCUCUUGGAAUCGGCCCUUAAAACAUACCAAAAAAACUACCACCUCAAUGUCACUGGCGUUCUGGAUGGUGAAACGCUGACACUAUUGUCCACACCUCGAUGUGGGCAUCCCGACAUCAUGAACCCAGAUUAUGUCAUCGCCCCUGGAAGGCCCAAAUGGCCACCCACCAAAUACCACCUCACCUACGCAUUCAUCCACAACUUCCCUCAAAACUUCGAGGCCCCAGUGCGAUGCUCGUUAAACACGUGGUCGGGCGUGAGCAAGUUCACGUUCUCAGAGACAACUGAAGCGAUCGCCGACGUGAAAAUCAGUUUCGAGAGAGGGGACCAUGGCGAUGGGGCACCUUUCUACGGGCCAAACAUUUUGGGGCACGCUUUCUUCCCGCCGGACGGUAGGCUUCACUUAAACRUGGACCAGAAUUGGGUGUGGGGGGCUGUGGCUAAUUCAGCGGACGUGCAAACAGUGUCGUUGCAUGAACUUGGACAUAUUCUUGGUCUUGCCCAUAGCCAGGAUGAGGGGGCUGUAAUGUACGCCUACACUUAUCCAGGAACCACCAAAGGCUUGAGUCAGGAUGAUAUUGCCGGAAUAACUGAUUUAUACAGCACUUAGUUCCUCAUAAAUGAGAUG